CAAUCUUUCAUACCAUAUUGCUACAUCGAACACUUCCGACAGUAUGCCAUAUUUGGACUUCAGAGGAGGUGGCGUAUUUUACAAUUCCUAUUUGGGUGUUCAGGACAUAGAUUGUAAAAAUUUGAAUCUUACCUAUGUAUGCGUCACUUCCGUUCAGCUUGCUGAGCGUGUUCUGAAUUCUGUGUCAUCCUUCGCUGAAACUAUGCGAAAGGAGCUUUCUUCUUCUGGAAAAGUUCAAGGCAGCAUAUGUCUUGAAUUUGCUGUACAUCGAAAAGGAAGUUGGAAACUUGGAAAUGACUUAAGUCCUUGGGAGCGUUGGUCUAUCAACAUUGAGCUUAAUCCAACCGAAGCACUUGGUCAGCACUGGAUAUUCAAUCAUUUACAAAUAAAUCUAUGUUCGCCACUACAUUGUAUAUACGAAGAGAAAGUUGGUUUCGAUGAAUCUCCUGAGAUAACAUUGUUAGGGUGA